AUGAAUGUCAGUGGUAAGUCAUUUGGUGAUGUGGGCACUUCUAGUAGAGUAGUGGGUAGUGGAGAGUUUAGUUUUGUUAGUGCUUCUACUCAACGUAAUACAUAUAUAGAGGAUACAAUUACAACUCUAACUCCAACUCCAACACAUGUGCAUGAUGCUGAUCCAAUCAAUGAAGAAAAUGCAGAUAGUGACUCAUCUGAUAGUGAUUAUGUGGCUGAAGAAUCAGAUGAACUCAGUGAGAGUUCAAGCAAUAUGGAAGAGAGUGAAGAUGAAGAAAAUGCAGUGGAAGAUGAGGAGGUAAGAAAAGUUAAUACAGAUGAUGAAGAAUCAGAAUGUAGAUCAGAUGUAGAGGGAGAUCCUGAUGAAGGGGGUGUUGACCAUAAGAUCAAUUUAUGUGUUGGUCAAUAA